AUGUAUGAGGUCUACAACAGGCUGGAUGAAAUAUCAAAGAAGAAGUUGGAAAAUUACUGGAAAUCUGCAUCUGAUUCUGAUGAGGACGCUUUUUACCUACAAAAUAGGACAAUAUUGUACAAACAUAACAUUGAAAAACUGAUGGGAGAUGGUCCAAUAUCUGCACUAAUCAUCGAUGCUUAUGGAGAGGCACUUAAUGAUGAUGCGAAGCAGAACCCUCAGAAACAGAAAAAUGCAUAUUUGUCCGCCAAUAACUAUAUGUUUUUGCGAGGUGCCUCACACAAGCUGACAUAUCAUGCUUUCUAUAUGCCACUCCUAGAAAAUAUUGGAAGAGUUGAUAGAGUGGGGACAUCAGAACAAACUCUCCAAUAUUAUCACAAGAAGGCAAUUGUUUUGGUUGAGACAGCAAAUAUAUUCCUCUGUCUUAUUAAGGAAUGUGCUGCAAUAUCACUGAAAACAAAACUCGUCCAAAUUCCUGAUUUUGAUGCCAAGAAGUCGAGAGAGCUUAAUGAAGCUUCAGCUAGAAUGAUAACAAAAAUACUUGCCAGCAACGAACUUACACCAGAAUAUGCUCAGACAAUGAAGUAUCUGAUUUGUCAUGAUACUACUAACUUCAAGCUGACUGAGAACAGAGAAUGUCCCCAACAAGCAAACAAUUCGUAA